AUGGCCUACCAGGGCUCCGGCGCGCACUCGCCCAGCUACGAUGAUCAUCAUCGCGCUCAGGACCUUCCUGCCUCGCAAUAUCGCGAGGAUGAGGAUGCGGCGCGCGGUUUGCUCUCCCAUCAGCAAGGCCCGUUUGCGAGCCCCUUCGAUGACCCCCACCCCCGGGGAGUUUCUCCCGUGCUGCCUGGUUCCGGCUACAGUUUGACCGAGACGUACGCAUCGGAUGUUGCGCCCGCAUACCACGACCCUUACAAUACUGGAUCCCCCUAUACCGGUCAUGCGGACAGCCCCGCGGCUGCCUUUGGGGUCCCGAAUCGUGUGGCAUCGCCUUAUGCCCGCAGCGAGACCUCAUCCACCGAGGCAUGGCGCCAACGCCAGGCCCCCGGUGGCAAUUCUGGAGGAGGCAAUCUCCGACGCUAUGCUACCCGGAAAGUUAAGCUCGUGCAGGGCUCCGUGCUAAGUGUUGACUACCCCGUCCCAAGCGCCAUUCAGAAUGCAAUUCAGGCCAAGUACCGCAAUGAUCUUGAAGGUGGAAGUGAAGAGUUCACGCAUAUGCGAUAUACCGCUGCGACUUGUGAUCCGAACGAGUUUACUCUCCACAAUGGUUAUAAUCUGCGCCCAGCCAUGUACAAUCGCCACACCGAGCUGCUGAUCGCUAUCACCUACUACAACGAGGACAAGCAAUUGACUGCGCGUACGUUGCAUGGCGUCAUGCAGAACAUCCGCGACAUCGUCAACCUGAAGAAGUCCGAGUUUUGGAACAAGGGUGGUCCCGCGUGGCAAAAAAUUGUUGUCGCACUGGUGUUUGAUGGCAUUGAUCCAUGCGACAAAGAUGUCCUGGAUGUGUUGGCUACCAUCGGUAUCUACCAAGAUGGGGUCAUGAAGCGCGACGUGGACGGAAAGGAGACACUGGCCCAUAUCUUUGAAUAUACUACCCAACUGUCUGUCACGCCAAACCAGCAGCUCAUUCGACCUACUGAUGACGGGCCGAGCACCCUACCCCCGGUGCAGAUGAUGUUUUGCUUGAAGCAGAAAAACAGCAAGAAAAUCAACUCCCAUCGAUGGCUCUUUAACGCUUUUGGUCGGAUCCUCAACCCCGAGGUUUGUAUUCUCUUGGACGCAGGAACCAAGCCGGGGUCGAAGUCUUUGCUCUAUCUUUGGGAGGCCUUCUACAACGACAAGGAUCUCGGUGGCGCAUGCGGUGAAAUCCAUGCUAUGUUAGGGAAGGGGUGGCGCAACUUGAUCAACCCCUUAGUGGCCGCGCAGAAUUUUGAGUACAAGAUCAGUAAUAUCUUGGACAAGCCCCUCGAAAGUUCCUUUGGUUAUGUUAGUGUCUUGCCGGGAGCCUUCUCUGCCUACCGAUUCCGUGCGAUUAUGGGACGCCCGCUCGAACAAUAUUUUCACGGCGACCAUACGCUGUCCAAGCAGCUUGGGAAAAAGGGUAUUGAAGGAAUGAACAUUUUCAAAAAGAAUAUGUUCCUGGCCGAGGAUCGCAUUCUCUGCUUCGAGUUGGUGGCAAAGGCAGGCUCUAAAUGGCACCUGUCGUAUGUGAAAGCUUCCAAGGGAGAAACCGACGUGCCCGAGGGCGCUCCAGAGUUUAUUUCCCAGCGUCGACGUUGGUUGAACGGUUCCUUCGCCGCCGGCAUUUACUCGCUGAUGCAUUUCGGCCGCAUGUAUAAGAGUGGUCACAAUCUGGUGCGCAUGUUCUUCUUGCACAUUCAGAUGCUCUACAACAUCUUCAACACCAUUCUCACCUGGUUUUCUCUGGCAUCUUACUGGCUGACGACGACUGUCAUCAUCGACCUGGUCGGUACCCCGAGCAAAAACAACAAGUACACUGCGUUCCCCUUCGGCGAGAAAGCCACACCGAUUGUGAAUACCAUGGUCAAGUACAUCUACUUGGGGUUUCUGCUCUUGCAGUUCAUCCUGGCCCUUGGCAAUCGGCCCAAGGGAUCCAAGUUCUCUUACCUGGCUUCGUUCGUGGUCUUUGGCCUGAUUCAACUCUACAUCAUUGUAGACUCGCUUUAUCUGGUCAUCCGUGCCUUCAGCGGCGGUGCCCCCAUGGACUUUGUGACCGACAAGGGCCUCGGGGCUUUCCUCGGAUCCUUCUUUGGGUCGACCGGUGCUGGUAUCAUCAUUAUCGCACUGGCGGCCACCUUCGGUCUCUACUUCGUGGCCUCGUUCAUGUACGCAGAUCCAUGGCACAUGUUCACCUCAUUCCCGGCAUACAUGGUGGUGCAAUCAUCGUAUAUCAACAUUCUCAAUGUCUAUGCCUUCAGCAACUGGCACGACGUGUCCUGGGGCACCAAGGGAUCUGACAAAGCUGAUGCACUGCCGUCUGCCAAGACAACCAAGGAUGAGGGUAGCAAGGAUGCUGUGAUUGAGGAAAUUGACAAGCCCCAGGCCGACAUCGACAGUCAGUUUGAAACGACAGUCAAGCGUGCGCUGACCCCUUAUGUUGCUCCGGUGGAACACGAGGAAAAGAGCUUAGAGGACUCGUACAAGAGCUUCCGUACUCGGCUUGUGACCUUCUGGAUCUUUAGUAAUGCUUUCCUGGCGGUGUGCAUUACCAGUGAGAAGGUGGACAAGUUUGGUUUCACGAAUACGGCCACUGAUCGGACUGCCCGGUUCUUCCAGGCCCUCCUGUGGUCUAAUGCUGUUGUCGCAUUGUUCCGGUUCAUCGGAGCCUGUUGGUUUUUGGGCCGUACUGGCAUCAUGUGCUGCUUCGCACGCCGGUAG